UCAUCUUUGGCUGCCGGAGAAGAUGAUACGCAUAUUAAUUUCGCUUCUUCUAGCGAAUCUGUCGGCCGCCUCGGUUCUGCCGGAAGUGAUGUCAUACGCGAAAGUGUCGAGGAACGGACGGGAGGAUACCGGAUCCGGGAACGAUCAGACGCCUUGGAUCACCAGGAUUUUAAUUGGAAAUAAUGGGACGGAUGACGAGGGUAGAGGCAUGAAGAACAUUGCUAUCACGAUGUCUCCUGUCUAUAUCGCGCCGAAAGCUCAGAAAUUGCAAAGUGGCGAGGCUGUCGAUUAUACAUCCAGUUCGAGAUAUUCGACGCUGGAUUACGAGAUGCUAGCGAAACUGAACGCGAAAAAGAAAAUUCAGGACAGGUAUCAUCCCGGCCCGUUCAAUCCUUACAAAAAUAAAGAUCCACCGAGUAGUGCGAUGGAAACUUCGAAACCUGUUCAGAUACUGGGACCAAUUAGUUCAGCGAACGGUCCACCCAGCGGACCACCCAGCGGCCCUUCGUCCUCGGAUACGUUCGAUUUCUCGAAGCAACCAUUUCCAGCCAGCUACGACUACAAACCGCCGGAUUUUUCAAACGAUAAACCGAUUUCGAAGCCUCCCAAGUACGUCAGUGAUAAUCCCAUGCCGAAACCGGCAGAUUAUCUUGCAGACCAACCCAUCUCGAAGCCGCUGUCAAUGAGCGAUUACACGGACUUCGAAAUCAGUGACAAGCCACCAGAUUCUUACAAACCGGAUUCAUCGUUCGACUCACACGAUUCCGAUUACCCUGAUUUUCCGGAUGAUUCAUCUUACGGUAGCGCGCCGGCGCCGAAACCCAUCGAAUAUUCCGCUCCUCCGGAUCAUCCCCCUUACGACCACCCUGGCUACGACCACGACCACGAUCACGAUUUCCACCACGAGCUGAUAUACGACCACAUACCCGAGUACCACGAGCACACGGAGAAACCGGAAAUGAACGACCAGAGGCUGGACAAGAGGCCGUACUCGUAUUAUUUCAUAGGGAAGAAGCUCUGGUACAUUCCGCUCUACUUCAGCAUAUACUUCAUCAUCUACAUCGCGGCGCUGGUGCUGAAGAGCAUAGCCAGACACAAGAUCACGUUCCCGGCUCACCUCGCGGAAGCUGUUGGACACUCCAGAUCGCAGACCGACGAAAGCUGGUGGGACUUUACGGGAAGGAUACUCGAGGGAGUCGAAAAUUUCGCGGAGAAAUAUGGAAAGACUUCUUAG